AUGUGGUCUCAACAGUUGAGUACAUCAAGGUUUAAUCCGUUUAACAUUGUACAACAAUGUAAGUUUAUUAUUUUUGUUACUUGUUUUGUUUUUAGGCUUGUUUUUGGAUUUCAAAUGACUACAACCUAGCGGUAUCGUAUUUUACCUCAAAAUACAGGGCUUUUUGCCUAUUUUAUUGGAAUCUUUACCUUGUUUUUGUAUUUUUCAUUAAAGUGUAGAUAACGUUAUAUAUUUUUGGUUGGUUUUUAGGUCGUGGAAUGAGGACAAGGUGGAGACAAGGCUACUUGAAAGACCUUUAUCAUAGGCGAGAAUUGAUGGGAGCUGAUGAUCCGAUGCCAAGAAGUGCUUAUCCUAACUGGUAAUAUUUAUGAUAUUUUAUUUUUAUUUAAUAUGAAAGGCAUUUUAAGACGAAAACAUCAACAUUUUUUAAAUGUUUUAGAUGUUUUAGGACAUUGGAUCUAAAAUUUUGUUUUAAGGCUUAAAACGUCUUGUAUAAUCUCUUAUUUCUUGCUUUAUAUAACAAAAUAUAUUAUGUUUUUAAUAUUUAAUAUGUUGACUUUACUUUCAGGAACCUAAACACAGAAUUAUCGGCCUUCAGUCAUCGCGCUGGUGUAACUGAGCUUCAGAACAAAGAAUUGGAGAGGAUUAUGACUAGUCCGACUUUUUAUGACAAAGCAGAAGCUUUUGAAGUUGCGGACGAGUUUGUUAAGCAAGAUAAUACAGAGUUCAUUGACAAAGGUGAGUUUAUUUUAUUAGUUUUUCUGGUUUUAGGUGUACAACAUGGUGAAGAUUGCAUGAUCUGGUUUUUGCUGUAACUUUGCUCAAAAAGUAGAUAGAGAUCUGAAAUAUUUUGUGAACGUAGACUGGUUUGUUGUUCAACUAAAGUUAUAAAGGAAAUUCUAAAUUUUGAGAUAUUUGCGAUGUUACGGUAGAUCUACCGUACCCUACUUUUUUACAUUUUUUCGAUUUUUUAAAUUUUUCUUUGGUUUAAAAGUUUAAGAAGCUAACUUAAAGUUUAUUUUAAAGUACAAAGAUAGGCUGAACAUAGAAUUAGACAUAAUAUAUAUUGUUUUAGGUGAUCACAGGCUUAUUUGGCAACUGAGCGCCAUUCUUCGUCAUCAAUGGCCCAAAGCUCCUGAAGAGUUUGUUCAAAGUGUUGUAGAGAAGCUCACAUCAACCGAAAACCUUUUAACAAUUGCGAAUCAGCUGGGAAUUCAACAUCUGGUCAAAACAGGACAUUAUCCACCACAACAAUAUGAAAUUGUGGAUGCCCUGAAGGCAUUGUUAGGAGCAAUGAGUGCAAAUCGAGUUCAUGGCUUUGUCAACGAGUUUGUAUUGCCAUAUUUGGCUGAAGUUGCGUUUGAAGAUGUUUUUCCAUUCAAGAAUUCAUUGGAAGUGUUUGAGAAGUAUGCCAAGAAGGUGUGGAAGUUUAAUAAAGUGGAGCCAAGGAUUAUUCAUAGUCAUGGUUUACAUUCAGCUAUGCCGUUAUAUGUUGUGGGGAUAUAUGCUGAUGAAAAGUUGGUUGAUAAAUGCAAGUUUUUUUGGGGGGGGGUGUUUUUGAGGUUUUUUGGCAGGUAUUGCCAUUCUUUGUUUUGUAAAGGAAGUUCUUGCCUUAUCUUGAUUUGUAAAGAAAGUUAUUGCCUUUUUUUUGUUUUGCAGAGAAAGUUCUUGCUAUUUUAUGUUUUGGAAAGAAAGUUUUUGCCAUUUUAUAACCAUAAACCAUUCUAAAACAAUAUAUUUCAGGUCCAGGAGAAAGCCUUUCGAUAGCCACAGACUUGGCCGCUCAACUGUCACUACUUAAAAUGUGGGACAUCAGAUGGAACGAACAAAGCUUCUCAUUCCUCGACGAUCAAAUUACUCUACAUCAGUUCGAGAAACCGAAUCAUCGUCUAUAUGACGUUGUUAAGGACGUGGAUCUCUUGACUCAAGCUCAACUCUCCAAAGAACCAAUCAACGUCUUCCAAGUGGCGGAUAACUUUGAAAAUGUCAUCAAAGCGGAAGUGGGUAUGCCACUUCAUCGACGCCUCAGGCACAAAUUCUCGCGAGGAACGUUGGCCAAACGUUCGUUGAGACGACUGGCCAGACCCAGGGUUUUCAAUAUCUAG